GACACCAAGCACGCAUUGAUUCGCUAUCAUCCGCUCUUAAGACUUGCCACUUUGGUUAAGAAGUUAAGUAGUUUGUUAAAUAAUUCGAAGAAAAGAAAAUACAGUGUUUGUUGUAAUUUUAAAUAAAGUAUAUAAAUAUAUAUAUUAGCUUUUCUGCCUGCGAUUGAAUCGUUAGAUUUACACACAAAAAUAAAAAAAUCAAAGGAUACAAAAGUUAAGACAAGAAGCUCUUUCGAAAAGUUUUGUUUGAAAAGUUUCGAAAAAAAUCAACAAGCAUAUACAGAAAAACCGUUAAGGAUAUCAAUUGGUCGAUCCUGUGUUUAAUAGCAAAUAAACCAAUUUUGUGUGAUUUCUGGAGCUGCAUAGACGCAAAUCACCGUUAAAGCAAACUACUUCAAAGUUUUUUAAACAGAAAAUUGGCAAGAAAAUUAAUUUUUUCCAACCGUUAUAAUCGUGAAAUAAGCAGUGAAAGUGCGCAUCGUAGGCUUAUUUCUGAGAACAGUUACUAAGUAAAAUAAAAACAACAAAACUCAACAUAAAACUAUAAACAAAAGUGUUUACACUUUGCGAUAAAUUUUGAAUUUGCUUCAUAUACGUAAAUUUGUAAAAAAAAAAACAAAAAACUUACAAAAUGAUGGCCGUAGCUGCUGCACAAAAGAACCGCGAAAUGUUCGCUAUCAAAAAAUCCUACAGUAUUGAGAAUGGCUAUCCAUCACGCCGUCGCUCGUUGGUGGACGAUGCACGCUUUGAAAGUCUGGUUGUUAAGCAAAAUAAACAAACCGUGCUGGAGGAAGCGCGCCAAAAGAACAAUGACGAAGCCACUUUGGAGCAAUGCAUCCAACAAGCUAAAGGCGCUCCUCUUGAGCAAGAAAUCGAAUUGCAAGCCGAUCAGUCAGUCGAAAAUGUCGAAAUUCCAGCUGAAGUACAUGAAAUCUCAGCAGAAAUCCUCAAUGAAACCAAUAACGCCUCAUUGGGCGCUACUGCACCGGGUGAGGGCAACGGCAAUGGCAAUAACACCAACAACUCAAAUGAUGCCGGUCUUACCGAGGAGGAAGUAUUGCUUGCCAAUGCCGCCGCCGAAUCGACCGAAGCGGAGAAUGCCAUGCAGAGCGCUGCAAUCAUUGUACGCCUCAAGGAGGGCAUCUCUUCGCUGGGUCGCAUUUUGAAGGCGAUCGAAACCUUCAAGGGCGCCGUACAACAUGUUGAGUCGCGUGUCUCCCGCGAACAGGGUGUUGAGCAUGAUGCACUCAUCAAGGUCGACAUGACACGUGGCAAUCUAUUGCAACUCAUACGCUCAUUGCGUCAAUCGGGCUCGUUCAAUAGCAUCAGCUUGUUGGCCGAACAUAACAUCAGCGUAAAGGCACCAUGGUUCCCCAAGCAUGCCUCCGAAUUGGAUAACUGCAAUCAUUUGAUGACCAAAUACGAACCCGAUUUGGAUAUGAACCAUCCUGGUUUUGCUGAUAAAGUCUAUCGUCAACGUCGUAAGGAGAUUGCCGAAAUCGCUUUCGCUUACAAAUACGGCGAUGCAAUCCCACACAUCGAAUAUACCGAUGUUGAGAUUAAGACUUGGCGUUCGGUGCUCUUGACAGUCAUCGAUUUGUCGAAGAAACACGCCUGCCAGGAGUAUCGUGCUGCUUUCCAGAAAUUGCGCGAUGAGGAGAUCUUUGUCGAACACCGUCUGCCCCAGUUACAAGAGAUGUCAGACUUUUUGCGUCGCAACACCGGUUUCACACUCCGGCCCGCUGCCGGUCUCUUGACCGCACGUGACUUCCUCGCUUCGUUGGCAUUCCGCAUUUUCCAGAGCACACAAUAUGUGCGUCACGUCAACUCACCAUACCACACACCCGAACCUGACUGCAUUCACGAAUUGCUCGGCCAUAUGCCACUCUUAGCCGAUCCCAGCUUCGCACAGUUCUCGCAAGAGAUCGGUUUGGCUUCGUUGGGUGCCUCCGAUGAUGAAAUUGAAAAAUUGUCCACUGUCUACUGGUUCACCGUUGAGUUCGGUCUCUGCAAGGAACACGGUCAAGUGAAAGCCUACGGCGCUGGUCUGCUCUCAUCCUACGGUGAACUUUUGCACGCCAUUAGCGACAAGUGCGAACAUCGCGCCUUCGAACCAGCCUCCACUGCCGUUCAACCCUACCAGGAUCAGGAGUACCAACCCAUCUACUAUGUCGCCGAGAGUUUCGAAGAUGCCAAAGAUAAGUUCCGUCGUUGGGUGUCGACCAUGUCACGUCCAUUCGAGGUGCGCUUCAACCCACACACAGAACGCGUUGAAAUUUUAGACUCCGUCGAUAAGUUGGAUACGUUGGUGCAACAAAUGAAUACGGAAAUCCUGCAUUUGACAAAUGCCAUUGCAAAGUUAAGGCGUCCAUUCUAAGUACAUAUACAUACAUAUAUAAUUCUUUAAAACUACUCUCCCUCCCACACA